GUGGUACGGACGAUUGUGACCUUUCAUGACAGCCGUGACCCAAAAUGGCGUCCGUGUUGCAGAAAUGUUCUGUCCUCUGCCGUUCUCUGCCUGCUAGCGCAGCGGUCAAGGCCUUCAGCCGGUCCACAGCACCAUGUGCUAGUAGUCUCCAGACUAAGGACUUCCACAGUGGUGCAGCUGUCUAUUCUCAACAGCUUGCUACAGUUGGCGCGUCAUCCAAGUAUGGGGGUCGCUACACAGUCACCAUGAUCCCAGGGGACGGCAUCGGGCCUGAACUCAUGGCACAUGUCAAGGACGUCUUCAGGUAUGCAGGAGUACCUGUAGAUUUUGAGGAGGUACAGAUCACCUCUCAGGAGGGAGAUGAUGUGGCUAUUGAGAACGCCAUUACUGCUAUCAAACGGAACGGGGUGGCUCUCAAGGGUAACAUUGAAACACCACAUGAUAUGUCCCAGGCCUUGUUCAAAUCCAGGAACGUCGAAGUCAGAGUGAGGCUGGACCUGUUUGCUAAUGUGCUGAGGUGCAAAACCUUCCCUGGGCUGCCUUCAAGACAUGGUGACAUUGACAUUGUGAUCAUAAGAGAGAACACUGAGGGAGAAUACACCAGUCUGGAACAUGAGAAUGUGCCUGGCGUUGUGGAGAGUUAUAAGAUCAUCACAGCCAAGAACUCGGAGAGGAUUGCCAGAUACGCGUUUGAGUACGCCCAGAGACAUGGCAGGAAGAAGGUGACGGCAGUACACAAGGCAAACAUCAUGAAAAUGGGAGACGGUUUGUUCCUGGAGUGCUGCAAGAAGAUGUCAGAAGAGUUCCCCAACAUUGAGUAUGAGUCCAUGAUCAUUGACAACUGCAGCAUGCAGAUGGUGUCUCGCCCUCAGCAGUUUGACGUGAUGGUGAUGCCCAACCUGUACGGGAACAUCAUCAGUAACAUCGGGGCGGGGCUGGUGGGGGGGCCGGGGCUCGUGCCUGGGGAGAACAUUGGACAGGAGUACGCUGUCUUCGAAACAGCCACCAGGAACACAGGGAAGUCCAUUGCAGGGCAGAAUGUUGCUAACCCCACAGCCAUGUUGCUGGCUAGUGCACUUAUGCUGGAGCACCUCGGGCUGGACAAGUAUGCAAGUCUGAUAGAGAAUGCUGUCUACAAAGCUCUGGCAGACGAUAAGAUCCGUACCCCAGACCUGGGUGGUCAGCACUCCACAGUGGACAUGGUGCAGACUGUGGUGAAGGAGGUGGAAGCACAGGCAGCAAAACUCUGAACACCUCUGCAACAUCACAAACAUCAGGCAGCCAAUUGCAAGCUCUGAACACCUGUUGUUUUUCCCUAAGACCUGACAUUUAUACACACACCAAGUGCUGUACUAGUAAUUUAUUUAUUACACUUGAAACUUAGUCGUAAACAUCUUACUGAAAGGAUUCAAUGUUCAUUUGAUAGAAAAUGUUUUUAUAGGAGUUACAACAUCAACAGCAACAAGCUCUAAGCACCUUUAUCAGAAACAUGUUUGCGUAAGGAUCUGACUUCAUACACUCACCAAGUGCAGUAAACUAUUCCAUGAUUAUGCUAUUCAGAAUGGUCCUUUCAUUUACAGUUGAGGAAUGUAUUCAGUGUUUAUCUGAAAUUGUUGUGGAAUUUUUUACAAAAAACAGUGAAAGAGUAAUGCUUUUUUUUCGAAUGGGACUGUUCAUUAUAUUAGUUCAAGGGAACCAAUUUGACAUAUCUGCAAUUGUGCAUUGUUUAUUUGUGUAUCUCUAAUAUUUAAUGAGAACUGGAGCCAACACAGUGUUGAAUGAUGUUGACUAAGACAUACAUGUACGUACAAGGUUUUGAACUGGUUUUCAUAAAGACAAGAAUGUUAGCCAGUUAUUUUCUGUCAUGUAAGAGUGCAAUCUGUUGAACAUAGAGGGCAACAAGAUACGAGAUAUUGUGUAUUCAUAUGUUAUUUGUGACUACCAGCAAAAUGCUUUAAAUAUUACAUGUAUUUGAAAGAAAUAUGGUGUUCUUCAGUAUCAAACUCAUUUGGACAAAAUUGGUUUGUCAAAGUUCUACUAUUUCUAAAGCUGUUUCACCUUUUUUAGGGCAUUGACAUAAAUAUAUGUCAAUAAAGUGGACCCAAACUGGGUUUCAAACCUGGAGUUGGUUAUUUUCGUGUUGCCCCAUGACCUUGCUGUUGACCUUGUCCAUAAAGGUCAUGACCUUUCUGCACAUAAAGUUUUGAGAUGAUA